ACUGUAACAUGUUGUUUAGAGUUAGUGCACACAGAACACUGCUUGAAGAUCAGCCACUCUCUGCCUGCCUGGCCGGUGUUUUGCGCUUGCACUGAUAUUCCAACCGGUGUGUUGUUUUGGGUCAGCGUAAGGAGACCUGAGACAAACCUGAAAAUCCGUCUUACUACCUUUAUUGCUGGGGUAAGUCCAGCCGAACAUACAACUGAACGUCAUGUCACGACCAAGCACUGGCGCCCCCAAAACAGGCAUGUCCCAAAACAGACAGUCUGGCUCUUCCAGGGGCAAGGGACUGAAAGACAUUCGCAUCGAUGAAGAAGUUAAAAUAGCGGUGCACCUUUCUCUGGAGCGAUUUCAGUACGGGGACCAAAAAGAAAUGGAAUUUCCUUCUUCCUUGACCAGCACUGAGAGGGCAUUCAUACAUCGCUUUGCCCAGUCACUGGGAUAUAUCUCAAAAAGCCGCGGAAAGGGGUCAAACAGAUUCCUUACAAUCAGGAAGAAGGAUGGAUCUGAAUCGACCCAGUCCAUCAUGACCUUUAGUCUUACCCCCUGUUCCAAACAGGUGGUCAGGAACCUUCUUCAGAGAUUUCCUAUGACAAAUAAAGAGAUCACAGACCUGCUACCGCGCACUGAACGAGGGAUGUCUGUUGCUAUGGAAGCAGGUGAUAAUGGUCGUGACAAGAACAGGACGAGCGGGCGGUUAAACAACGGCAUACCUCAGGUCCCCCCCAGGAGAGGCCAGUCGGAGCUGGACCACUUUCGCUGCUCACUGCCCGUGUACGGACGCCAGGAGGAGAUUGUGCAGAUCAUCAAGGACAACCGUGUCAUUCUGGUUUUGGGUGAAACCGGGUCCGGUAAAACCACUCAGAUUCCUCAGUUCCUGCUGGAUGACUGCAAUCGAAACGGGAUCCCCUGUCGCAUCUUUUGCACUCAGCCCCGGCGCCUGGCAGCCAUUGCUGUGGCAGAGCGGGUGGCCGCGGAGCGAGGAGAGAACAUCGGACAGACCAUCGGUUACCAGAUCCGCCUGGAGAGCAGAGUCUCUCCCAAGACUCUCUUGACGUUCUGCACCAGUGGGGUCCUGUUACGGACCCUGAUGGCAGGGGAUGCUACGCUCUCAACAGUCACGCAUGUCAUAGUGGACGAGGUCCACGAACGAGACGGCCUGAGUGACUUUCUCCUGACGAAGAUGCGGGACCUGUUGCAGAAGAUGCCCACCCUGAAGCUCAUCCUCUCCAGCGCCGCUCUGGACAUCGAUCUCUUUGUGCGCUACUUUGGCACCUGCCCCGUCAUUCACAUUAAAGGAAGGCCAUUCGAAGUCAAAGAGCUUUUCCUGGAGGACAUUUUACGGACUACUGGCUAUGCAAACAAAGACAUGCUGAAGUACAAAAAGGAAAUGCAAAAGGUGGAGAAGCAGCAGACCUCGCUGACGGAGUGGUGUAAGGUACGUGAGGGGGGGUCCAGGCAGGAGCCCCAGAGAGACAAGAUGGCCACCUGCAUCCUCCAGGAGAACGACCUGCUAGAUGACGGAGGGGAUGGCGUCUUCAGCCAGCUGAAUGAGAAAGACGUGGCAUCCCUAGACCCCUGGUUACUGAAGGAGAUGGAUGCCUGCAUCUCCGACAUCUUCCUGAAUGAAGACCAUGACGCUUUCGUCCAACUCUUCAAUCUCAUCCUGAGUGAGAACGUCAGUGUGGACUACAGGCACAGUGAGACGAGUGCCACCCCUCUGAUGGUGGCAGCGGCGCGGGGCUUCAUCAGUCAGGUGGAGCAGCUACUCAGCAUGGGGGCCAGCGUCACCCUCAAGGCCUCCAACGGAUGGACUGCUCUUGGCUGGGCCAAGCAUUUCAUUCAGGCUGAGGUUGUGGACCUACUGGAGACAUACAUCUCCACCCUGGAGGCGGGUAAGCUCGAUGAGUCAUCCCUGGUGCAGUCAGACAGUGCGGAGCUGAGCGCGGAGGACCAGGAGCUUCUUAAGGUGUACCACCACAGCUUUGACGAUGAGAAGGUGGAUCUGGACCUCGUCAUACACCUGCUCUUCAACAUCUGUCAGACGAGCCCAGACGACGGUGCCGUUUUGAUCUUCUUGCCAGGAUAUGAUGAGAUUGUCAGCCUAAGGGACCGCAUCCUCUACGAUGAUAAGAGAUUUGCUGACCAGCCGCAAAGGUAUCAGGUGUUCACGCUACAUUCCAACAUGCAGACCGCCGACCAGAAGAAGGUGCUGAAGAACGCACCUGUUGGUGUUCGGAAAAUUAUCCUGUCAACGAACAUCGCUGAGACCAGCAUCACAGUCAACGAUGUGGUGUUUGUUAUUGAUGCCGGAAAAGUUAAAGAGAAGUCCUUUGAUGCCCUGAAUCACGUGACCAUGCUGAAGAUGGUGUGGAUCUCUAAAGCCAGUGCUCUGCAAAGGAAGGGCAGAGCAGGGCGUUGCAGACCUGGCAUCUGCUUCCACCUGUUCAGUCACCUGCGCUUCGAUAACAUGCUGGAACACCAGGUGCCCCAGCUACUAAGGAUGCCUCUGCAGGAACUAUGCCUACACACUAAGCUGUUGGCCCCCGUCAACUGUCCCAUAGCCGAGUUCCUCUCCAGAGCCCCCGAGCCCCCACACACCCUCAGUGUUAAAAACGCUGUGCAGAUGCUCAAGACGAUCGACGCCAUGGACCCCUGGGAGGACCUGACAGAGCUGGGCUACCACCUGGCCGACCUCCCCGUGGAGCCCCACCUAGGCAAGAUGGUGCUGUGCGGGGUGGUGCUCAAGUGCCUGGACCCCAUCCUGACCAUCGCCUGCACGCUGGCGCACCGUGACCCCUUUGUGCUGCCCGGCCAGGCCUCCCAGAAGAGGGCCGCUAUGCUGUGCCGCAAGCGCUUCACCGCCGGCACGUUCAGUGACCACAUGGCCCUGCUGAGGGCGUUUCAGGCAUGGCAGAAAGCCCGUAGUGAUGGCUGGGAACGCACCUUCUGUGAGAAGAACUUCCUGUCUCAGGCCACCAUGGAGAUCAUCAUUGGCAUGAGGACCCAGCUCCUGGGGCAGCUCAGGGCGAUAGGUUUUGUGCGCGCCCGCGGUGGUGGGGACAUCCGGGACGUGAACCUGAACUCUGAGAACUGGGGGGUGGUGAAGGCAGCGCUGGUGGCGGGCAUGUACCCCAACCUGCUGCACGUGGACCGCGAGAGCAACGCCCUCAUGGGCACCAAGGAGAAGAGGGUCCGCUUCCAUCCCACCUCCAUCCUCAGUCAGCCGCAGUUCAAGAAGAUACCUCCAGUCAAUGGACAGAUGGCAGCAGUGCAGGCUCUGCCCACUGAUUGGCUGAUUUAUGAUGAGAUGACCCGCGCCCACAGGAUCGCCAGCGUGCGCUGCUGCUCGACCGUCACCCCGCUGACGGUGGGCAUCUUUGGGGGCUGCGCCAAGCUACCCAGCUCCGCCCUGCAGGAACCCACGGUGCAGAGAGGUAG